ACCAACACACACACACACACACACACACACACACACACACACACACACACACACACACACACACACACACACACACACACACACAUGGGUGACAACAGAGAAUGGUUGUGCCUGGGUUGGACCCAGACUCGCUGUCAAGAGAAGGAAGAAGGAUGUGUGGACCCAGAGACAGAUCGGGGGAGCACAUAUGCGGAACUAUUCAAACAGCUUGACCUGAAUUACGACGGGAGAGUGGACAUCAAUGAACUACGGAUUGGACUCGCCGCCCGCGGAUUACAGUGGGAUGAUGCAGAAGAGAUUGUGCGGCAGGGCGACAGCAACCAGGAUGGCGUGCUGGACUUUGAGGAGUUCUCGGGGUACUUACGAGCCCAUGAAAAGAAGCUGUCACUCAUUUUCCACAACCUGGACCGCAACAAUGACGGACAUAUUGAUGUGAAAGAGAUUCAACAGUCCCUUCAGGGCCUGGGAGUGGAAGUCAGCAUGGAACAGGCCACCAGGAUACUGCAGAGUAUGGACAGAGACGGCACGAUGUCAAUAGACUGGAAUCAGUGGCGAGAUAAUUUCCUGUUCAACCAUUUUCAAAACCUGGAGGAGAUUGCCCACUUCUGGAAGCACUCACAUAUGUUUAACAUCGGAGAACAUCAUACUGUACCGGAUGAAUUCAGCGAGCGAGAGCAUCGCUCAGGAACGGUGUGGAGACAGCUGAUGGCCGGGGCCUCGGCCGGGGCAGUGUCUCGGACGGUGACCGCCCCUCUGGACCGACUCAAGGUCUUCCUGCAGGUGCGCUGCACAACUUCCAAGAGGGUCAGCCUUUGGGCAGGGUCUAAAGUGAUAAUUCAGGAGGGAGGUGUUUUCUCACUCUGGAGAGGAAAUGGCAUUAAUGUCCUCAAGAUCGCCCCUGAAACAGCGAUCAAAUUCAUGGUUUAUGAACAGAUCAAGUGCCGAAUCCGGAGUAGUCGCGAAGGGGGCGCAUUGAGGGUCCAGGAGAGGUUUGUUGCUGGAUCCCUAGCCGGAGUUUCAGCCCAGACCUUAAUCUACCCGAUGGAGGUGUUGAAGACUCGUCUCACACUCAGAAGGACAGGGCAGUACAGAGGGAUUGCCGACUGCGCCGGGCAGAUCCUGAGAAAAGAAGGCGUGCUGGCCUUCUACAGAGGAUACCUGCCCAACAUGCUGGGCAUCAUACCGUACGCCGGCAUCGACCUGGCUGUGUACGAGACCCUGAAGAACGCCUGGCUUCAGCGGUACAGCAAAGGCUCUGCCGACCCAGGAGUGCUGGUCCUGCUGGGAUGUGGGACCGUCUCCAGUACCUCUGGACAGCUGGCCUCCUACCCGCUGGCCCUGGUCCGAACGCGCAUGCAGGCUCAAGCCACAUGUGAGGGUCAGCCAAGACUCUCCAUGUUGGGGCAGUUCAAACACAUCAUGUUCCACGAAGGCGUGCCUGGGCUGUACCGAGGCCUCGCGCCCAACUUCCUAAAGGUCAUCCCUGCGGUCAGCAUCUCCUAUGUGGUGUAUGAACACAUGAAAAAGAUACUGGGGGUGGGCUUCAACUGAUGGACAAAAUGGCAAACAAUAGUUGCUCGCUUAUUAUGAAGAAUGUCUCAGAAUUCUGAAUAAUGGGAUAUUGACCUAGACAGUUUCAAACCUCGGGAUGCAUUUUAAACAUGAAUGUUUUGAACUGCAAGUGCUUUAUCCAUUGCUGAUCAUUCUACUAUAGUCGCUUGACUAGGUUGGUCAUAAAUGCAAGGUCUUUUAAGAUUAUUAUGAAAAAAAUAAAAAGCUUAAAGAUUC